AUGAUGACGAGGGUGAGAUUAUGGUCGUGUGAUGGUCACCGGAGGUUGCUGACAAAGGAUGUUAGAGAUGCACAGAGGCACCGAAUCUACACUCAUCCCCAAGCUUCUGCCUUAUCGUUCAAAUCUACACUCCAACAAGAGGCUAGAUCAUCUGACGGUACUGGUGAUGGAGUGGUGACAAGUGGUGUUCAAAGGGGGUGGUUUUUGGCUGGUGUGUGCAGGAGGGUGGCAAUGUGUAGUUCUCAGGUCUCACCCGUCUUCGUUCGUAGUGGCUCUCCGUCGCGGUUGCACCGCCCACGUAAACCUAUAGAAUUGACGGAGCAAAUUCUUCCAUCUUAUCAGAAGCGGCCUUUGAGAGCUUUAUCGAUUACUCAAUUUUGUGCCAACUCUCCAGAUUCAAAGUUGGGAGAUGAACCCUAG